AUGCCACAUCCAGACAAAGCUCUAUUGGCACCCAUAGACUUCCCUCCUACACAAUCACGCAACCUCCAAUUAUCCAAGGUCCCUUCAUCCAGACUUGGUCGCUUAUUUCAUUAUGGCAGCCUUGCAGCAUCACUCUCAUAUGGCGCUGCUUCUGAGCUCUUACGUCGCUCUACUACAUCCCAUGCAAACAACACACAACCAGUCAUGCUAACUGAAGCAAACAUAACCCAUUUGGUAUCUAAGCUCUCUCAGAUGCGGGGUACCGCACUAAAGCUUGGCCAGUUCAUGAGCAUCCAAGACACCCACCUCCUGCCCCCAGAAGUCGACAAAAUAUUCUGUCACGUUCAAGACAGCACUCACUACAUGCCGGACUGGCAGAUGCAACAAGUGAUGUGCACGUCCCUAGGGGAAUCAUGGGCCAAUAAUUUUACAUUGUUCGAUCAUAUACCGUUCGCAGCUGCAAGCAUCGGCCAGGUGCACCACUCUGUCCUCACUCAAAGUCAGAGUCCAUCUGGCGACGACGGCCAACAUGUGGCUGUAAAGAUCCAGUUCCCAAACAUUGCUAACUCAAUUGUGAACGACCUUGGCUAUGUUAAGAUGAUCCUUACCGCUGGAAGCUUGCUUCCACGGGGGUUAUUCCUGGAUCAUACGAUUCAAGUGUGUCUUCUACAAUUCACUACAUCCUAUACAAAGGUAAUGAAAGACGAGCUUGCUGACGAAUGUGACUACUCGCGGGAGGCAAGUUUCCUCGAGCAGUAUAGGAGCCCAGAUUGUCUUAUUGCAGAUGCACGGUUCAGGGUCCCGUGGGUGUGGCCAGGUAGCACAGAGCGUGUUCUUGUAAUGGAGCAUGUAGAAGGUGUCAGCAUUGGAGAUGCUAUAGUUGGAGGUUUACCACAAGAAGAGCGAAACGAGAUUGCAUUGCAAAUCAUCGAGCUCUGCUUGUGGGAGCUCUUCCAGUUCAGAUUCAUGCAGACGGACCCUAACUUCACAAAUUUCCUGUGGGACUCAAGGGCACAACAGCUGUCCUUGGUUGACUUUGGCACAACACGCGAGUACACGAAAGAAUUCAUGGACAGCUGGCUGUGCCUUCUUCAAGCCGCUGCAUCUGAGGACUGUAUCGCAUGCGCAGAAUGGAGUCAGAAACUUGGAUAUCUCACUGGAGAGGAAAAUGAAGUCAUGCUCAAUGCGCACGUCAGCUUAAGUCUGUCGAUCCUCAUUCGAUUUCAGGCCACGCUGACCCAAGUCGUUGCCCACCGUAAGUCUGUCGAUCCUUGUUCAAUUUCAGGCCACGCUGACCCAAGUCGUUGCCCACCAUGA